AUGGACAAUAAUCUUUUGGAACUCACUUCAGAAGACGAAUUAAAGAAACUUAUCAAUCAAAGCGAAGGUUCUGUAAUAAUUCUCGAUUUCUGGGCAACAUGGGCUCAGCCAUGUUCUCAAAUGAAUGAAGUAUUCACGGAACUCGCCAGUAAAAAUGCUUCAUUAAAAUUCGUUGACGCUGAAAAAUUUUCCGAACUUUCAGAAUCUUUUGAAAUCGCGGCAGUUCCUACCUUUAUAUUUCUCAAGAACGGAAAGAUCGCGGAACGUGUCGAUGGAGCCAAUGCACCAGAACUUUCGAAUCGAGUUGCUAAAUAUGCUAAGGUUUCAUCGUUUGCAACAGACACAAAAAGCGUACCGCAGAAAGUUGAUUUGAAUACGCGUCUGAAAACAUUAGUCAAUUCCAAUCCCGUUGUAGCUUUUAUUAAAGGUACACCUUCUCAGCCACGUUGCGGAUUUACAAGGCAACUCCUCGACAUUUUCACUGAAAAUAAAGUCCAAUUUAGUUCAUUUAAUAUUUUGUCCGAUGAGGAAGUUAGACAAGGUUUAAAAGAAUAUUCUAAUUGGCCAACUUUUCCCCAGGUUUAUAUAAAUGGAGAAUUUGUAGGCGGUUUAGAUAUUAUUAAAGAGCUAGUCGCCAAUGAUGAAUUCAAAGGAAUGUUCCAGAUCAGUUCCGGAGUUCCAGUGUAA